UGCAAACAGCUUAUAGUAUAAAUUCAAUUCAUACUUUAAUUCAUGCAUCCAUUGAUGCACACACUGUAAGAUAUCUGACAAAUAUGAAAAUGAUUGAAUUCUGGAUUUUAAUUUUGAUCUUCAACACCAUGUAUACAGUCCAACGCUGGGUUACUGCACAAUCGCUCACAGAUUCACCAGUUUAUCAGCCUGAUGAAGAGCUCAGUGUGGAUAUCGGAGACUCGGCUACUCUGCGGUGUUGUAUUUCUGAAAAUAAAAUUGGGAUAAUUGCCUUGUUUAAACAACCAAAGAGAAAACAACCUCAUAUUAUGGGCACAAUAUUUAUAAGUGCUGGAGAAGCAUUUUACAGUGAAUCCCAAAAUUCUAAUUUUCUAAUAAAAAGAUCCUCAAACUGCAUCAAUAUAACAAUUUUAAAAACCACUCAGAGUGAUGAAGCCACAUACUUCUGUGCACUGAUAACACCAAACCAGUUUGGUGAUGGAACUUAUUUAAAAAUUAAAGGUGAGAAUGUUACUAUUGCAUCACAACCUUUGAAGCCAGCUUCGUAUAAUAAUUUAACGGUGUAUGAACAAACACUGCAUGGAAACAGCACUAACAUGAACACACAAGAGAAAACAGUGCUCUGUCUGGGAACGGCUUUGGGCUUGUGUGUACUUAUGAUUUUUGGUCUUACUUUUUCAUUACUGAGGAGAGGAAAAUGUGAAAAAAUAAAUUCUUGUAAAGAAGAUUCUCAAGGAUCCAGGCAGGAAUCUGAAAUUGAAACACUGAAUUACUCAGCUUUAAACUUUAAAAUAAGACAAAUCCACUCACCAAAUGAGUGUGUCUACUCUGAUGUAAAAAAAAACUGUAAGAUGUAACAUAAAUUAUUUAUAGCAAUUUAUAGCAAGUCAAAAUGUCUUCAUUAUAAGCCUAUUUGUUUCAUAUUUUUCAUGAUUAGAAAAAAGCUAAACAACAGGAGUAUAGAAAUAAUCUCAAAAUAAGAAUAAUUUGAAACAUCCUGCUGGUUUUAUUUCUUUACAUAUGUUUAAAGUAAGUCCUGAUUUUAAAUAUAUUUUUAAAAUGUAUUGUUAAUUUUUGUAUGAUUCAUGAUCAUUUUGUUUGACUAAGUUGUGCUGAAGACAAUAAUAAUUAAUGCAAUAAAUGUAAAAAUCUAA